CUUUUGCUAGCUAUUGUUAUUGAUUUUUGGAGUUUUUCUGCUUCCUUUUCUUUGCUAGUCAUUUUUGUUUGUAGUAUGAUGAGUGAAUUGUUAAGAUGAUAAAAAUCUAUUAGCAUUUUCAGUUAAUGAAAAUUAUUUCAUAUAUAAAUUCUUCAAAUUCAUAGGGAAUAUCCAUGUUCUCCAUGUACUAUCAUUCAGUCAUUCUCAACUAAUGCAAACUAUUUGUUGAUAAUAGUUGCAGUAAAAAUAAAUGAAGCAGAUCAAUAAUCCUGGAUUCAGUUCCCUACUAACUUCACAAGACUAGGAAGGGUAUUGCAACAUUCAAAUAGGGUAGUAUUGUGUACUGAUGGUGGUUGCAAUAUCUGGACAUAAAGUGAAAGAAAGUUUAAAUAAUAUGAAAUGUGUGAUCUGAGACUGAGUAGUAGUAGUACCAAUGCCAUGAGUAGCAGAGUAGUCAUCAUAACAAGAGGUACAACGGGAUGGUAGACAUAGAAAAGGCGUGGUAAUUAAUAAAGUAGUUUCUUGACUCAUAGCUUUUUGAGCAAUUUUUUCUGAUGUAAUGAUCUUCGAUUACAACUUUCUUAUUUAAAUCGGAGAAUGUAUUUAAAGAAAUAUUUUUUGGGGAAAAUGAUUCAGGGAGAAAUCUUUGAAUACUUCCUCACAACUCAUUGUUGUGGUGGGAUAACAUUACUGUGCUUGGUAUUAUGGCCCCACGAGCCACGAAGUACUAUACAAUGAACAUGUGAUGUUAUUUAUGCAUUUGCUUUCACAUAUAUCUGCAUUUUCACUUUCCUUAAAAAUGAUGUCAGUUUUCUGUUUUUGUCUUGGUGGAACUAGUAACUCAAAUUUUGACGGAAGUAAGGAAUUGCAGGGCAAAACAAAAGUUUGAAUUUGAGAAGCUUAUUAAAUUUAGUUGGUUUGGUUGAAGCAAUUUGCUAGUUUAGACUUCCAUUUUGAGUAUAUUUAAAUUAUUUUGUCUCUUCAAACUUCCCUCUUCUUAUGAACGCUCUAACAGAUAGAAAGGUUCAUGUCCUGUUGGCUUAAGAUACUGGUAGCUAUUAUUUCUAGGUGCACAAUCUCUUUGAAAGAUGGCUUGCCAAGACACUACAUACAAUGGUCUGACAGUUGUUCAUAAGUCGAACUAAUUACUCAUGGAAUAGAGGGGAAAAGAGAUUGUGUUAGUUGAUAUGCUUGUUGCCACAAGCCCAGCAAACCAAUCCGCUGGCUUUGGCGUACCCAUUUAGAGUCCACAACAAGCCCAGAUCGUUCUAUCCUCCUACCAUCAUCGGCUGCCAGAGAUUCCCUUUGAUUUUCUUCCUCUCUCUCUCUCUUCCCAAGUGGCUCUAUAUCAUCUUGUGUGCAGAUGAUUUAGGUGGCGUAAAUAUGGGAACUGUGAACUUCAUCUGGAAUUUAACUAAGAAUUAUUUCACUUUUGGGCUCAUAGGCCUUACUGUCUCUGAUCGUUAUGCUAGUAUUGUUCCUGUUGGUGGCAUUUCAAUGUCUCCAACAUUUAAUCCACAUGAUGACAGUUCCAUGAGAUCCUUGACUCGUGACUUUGUUAUAGUGGAGAAGCUUUGCCUAGAAAAGUACAAGUUCUCCCUUGGCGAUGUGGUUGUCUUCAGCUCCCCAACUAAUCAUAAAGAGAAAAAUAUAAAGAGAAUAACAGCCUUACCAGGUGACUUGGUCAGUACCCCUCAUUAUGAUGCAGUAGUGAUCCCUGAAGGACAUUGUUGGGUUGAAGGCGACAAUCGGGCUUGGAGCUUGGACUCAAGAUCCUUUGGCCCUAUCCCUCUUGGUUUGGUUCGCGGAAGGGUUACCCAUGUUGUGUGGCCUCCUCACCGGGUUGGUAAAGUUGAAAGAAUGAUACCAAAGAGCCUAACACCUUUCUAAUUGUAUUUUGAGUAUAUCAUAAAUUUCAAUUUGUUAUAUUUCCAUUGUAUCAUUGUUCUUUAUAUCACAGAAUCAUUAUAAGGCAUUUAUGAAAUUUGAGCUAUCAAUUUCAUAACUACCAGAAACCUGGAACAGCCUAGUACUUUUCUAGUCACUUUUGAUCAAAUCUUUCUUUGGAUUUUUGAGAAUAAAAACUAUCAAAAAGUUUCUUUUUAGUGAAACUA